AUGACCGACAGGCAGGAGGAUAAUGGCUAUGCGCCUCUACACGGACGCGUCAGUGACAGAAUGGCACACCUCGAUAUCGAUGACUCCAGCACCGAGAACGACCUUACCUCAGGGAUGACGGAUGCCACAGAGGUGACCUUAGCACCCGAGGAGAUUGACGCGGAGAAGUUGGCUACGGAAAUGCAAUUGCGAUGCCGACUCCUGCUCAACGAACUGGAACAAUUUCAGGCGCAUCUUAAGAAGCAGAGGAAAGAACAUACGGUUGAGCUACGGACAUUUAGGAGUGGGUUGCAGGCGGAGAUGAAAUUGAUUGAUAAGCUGGUCAAAAAGGAUGGUUCCUCAAGUAAAACGGUGCACUCCCUUCGCUCCUCGAACUUUCAGUUCUACGCCUCUGUAUGGUCGACUGCGAAAUCCUGCCAUUCCCUAACUGCAUUAUCGCGGAAAUACUAUUGGGAUCCCACGUCUAGAACCACAAACAUAAACGGGCAGAUCUCGCAGCACGGAACCACGAAACAUCGUUGUUACAGCGCAGUGGCGGAUGUAGUGUGUCAAGAUGGAUUGGAAUGGGUGAAAGUCUCUAGUAACACCGAGAAACGGAUAAUCUGGGACUUGGCGAAAGCCGGAUGGGUAGGCGAUAGUGAUAGUGAGGAGUGGGAGGAAGAGGAAGACGAUGAUGAUGAGAAAGAGGGCUUGUUGAAACAGGUUGAACAUCUUGUAAAAGCUGCGAAAGCGACAAGAGUGAGGUAUCGACAUCCUCAAGUGCGGCUCGUAUUACCACGAAUAUCGAGUACACCUCGAGCGAAAGAAGUUGGAAUGGUGCUACAAAAAAUCCGAAACAUGGGCGUUAUCGUUCAAACAAGCGAGCACGUCCCAGAAGAGCCUGUAUUCGAAGAUGUAUUGUCAAAUCUAGUUCAAGACCGUUUCGACACAUUCUCAGAAAUCCUAAACAUGGAUUGUACCGUUCUCCUAGCAUUCGCCAGCGAUCUCUCCCACGGCCGAGUCGAACCCCAAGACUGGCACAACAAAAUGAUCCAACGUCAACGAACCAUGGAAUCCGAGGAACAGCUCUUACCAAGUAGUCUCUGGCCUGCGUGCGAUGGGAGGAAAUUAGUCUGUACCCGUGAAGCAGCUGUACGAAUGCAAGAAAUCGUCGCUACAAUCGGCACUGUCAGUGAGAAACGGCGUACAGAACUUCUCAUAGAUCUAAACCACGACACACAACUCAGCCCUAGUGAACGCCAUUCCGAGUUCCAGAAACUAUCAGACUACACCAUCCCCGCCACCUGGCGUCUCCCAAUCGAAGUCGUAGACAUCGACCUCCCAGCCGCGCUAAAAGAGUUACCGCCGAUAGCGAAGACCAUCGCAGAAAAUCUGUCUGAUAUAAAUAGUUCGGUGAUUAUAUACGGUUGGAUGAGCGGAAGAACGACUAUUAGUAGUAACCGAGCGGUAGCGAAGGAGAUUGAGGGGACGAUCGAGGAGAAUAGGGGGGAGGGGGAUGAGAUGGUGGGGCCGGAUGUGUGGUUGUGUAGUACGACUCGGUCUUUGGUGGGGAAGGAGAAGGAGAGGAGGGGUGGGGUGAGGGAGGGGGAUAGAUGA